GCAACAGAGCAAAUCUCCGAGGUCUGCGCGCAUAUUACUGCUUUGAUAAUACAGGUUCUACACACCUAUUCACGCUCACACUUGUUGGAAGGGUUCAAUUCACCUAUGAAUGCUUGUAAAUCCAUGGGUUCACAACAAACGAGUUCUACAUAUAGUGUGAUACUUGCACAAUUCCAUUUCAAGCACAUCACGUCCUGAACAGAGCUGAGCAGGCAUGUCCAAGAAAGUCAAAGGAUUAAUGGAGCGCCUAAGGGCGGGUGAGAAGGUCAUUUGCGCUGAGGGAUAUAUAUUUCUGUUUGAGAGGAGAUGUUACGUAAGAGCUGGACCGUUCGUUCCCGAGGUCGUACUUGAUCAUCCUGAGCUCGUCAAGCAAACCCAUGAGGAGUUCGUCAAUGCAGGCAGCGAUGUCGUCAUGGCUUUCACGUAUUAUGCGCAUCGUGAGAAACUUGCUCUUAUUGAUCGAGAGAAAGAUAUUGAGAAGAUGAACCGUACUGCUCUUCGAAUCGCCAGAGAGGUAGCUGACAAGACUGGUACCUUGGUCGCUGGUGAUAUCUGUAAUACCAAUGCUUUCGAUCCAAAGGAUCCUACUUGCAGAGAGAAAGUUAAAAAUAUGUUCAAAGAGCAAAUAUUAUGGGCUGUCGAGGAAGGGGCUGACUUCAUCGUAGCAGAGACUUUCGGUAUCUUUGAGGAAGCUAUGAUUGCUCUCAAGGCCAUAAAAGAAUUUGGAAGCGGUCUCCCUGCUGUCAUCACCCUGUCUGCAUGUCAGACGGAGCCAGUCUCACUAGAUGGAGUCGAUCUUAUCGAAUGUUUCAGACAGCUGGAGGCUGCUGGAGCAGAUGUGAUGGGUCUGAACUGUGCCAGAGGACCUGCCACCAUGUUGCCACUCCUAGAAAAGAUCAAAAGCGCUGGUUUUAAGACUCCCAUUGCAGCUGUACCUGUGACAUACCGAACAACAGAAGAAAUGCCGUGUUUCUUUGGACUCUUAGACCCCGUAACAGGUGAGAAGUCGUUCCCUCUCAACCUCGACUGCUAUUUCAAUACUCGAAAUGACGUCUUUAAGUUCGGUCGACGCUGCGAUGAACUAGGUAUCAACUACGUUGGUCUUUGCUGCGGUAACUCACCACAUCUAACCCGCAGUUUAGCCGAAUCACUCGGCCGCGUCACUCCGUCGUCGAAGUUCUCCCCUGACAUGACUCUUCAUUGUAUAUACGGCACCGAUGAUCGUGUCAAUACCUAUUUAAGAAAAGAUGUUAAGGCCUCUUUUACCAGCGAAGACGAAUGACGUUAUGUCGUCCGGGCGGGGGAGGGGGGCACUUGAGAUUUCAGAACGAACGAACAGAUCAAAACCUCAUUUAAUGACUCGAUCAAAAGUACCAUUAAGAACGAUUUUUAAAGAUAAUUUCAUAAAAUCUUCUCAAGAAGGCCGUGCGAAAUCAGCGUUCGAGACCGUUCGUAUGAUCACAACUUGUACGUCAAUAACGUCAGUUUUAAUAAUUCUAGAAGCCUUAAAUUCUUACGAUGAUUGUAAGAACGCCUUGAGUUGUUUAUAGAGGGCUCUGACGGAUUCGUUAAACGCCCUUCGAAGGGAGAUUUGUAUGGCGCUCUUACGAUCGACUCUUUGCGUUUGUAAGGCGUUCGCAAGGUACUCGUAA